AGCGCCCCCAUCUGAAUAGGGGAAGAAAACUGUGCGUCGAUACUUGCAUCGGUAACAGUUGAAUCUUAGAAAACACGCAUUUUCUCAAUGUGCUUGCCAUCGCAGUCAACAAAAACAGGCAUACGUGAAAUGAACUGAGUGCACAAUGGGUCAUUCAGGCAACAUGUUCAGCUGAGAGUGAGAAUAUCAAAAGGCAGGGAAUAGGGAUGACGUAAAACUUCUUCAUAAUGGACCCUCCAGGAGCCGUCGAAGGGAGGCGUUUGCAGAAGCCCCCUAGGCCUUCUACUGAUCAUGAAUCCUUGUACAGACCAAAGGAUAGUGUGAGCCAUGAGAAUUUACAGCUCCGUGCCAUCUUUGAUCGACUGGGUGAAAUUUCCCUCGACCCCCGUCCUGACGCAUCCGUGAAUCCCCACCAUUCCUCUUCGCUUACUGCCAAACUCAACACUCGUUGCUCAUGUGGCAAUGUCACCGAAUUAUCCCCAUCAAGGGGCCACCGCUACAGAAAUGGUACUGGCCCUGCAACUAGCACAAAAUCCAGUGAUUCCGAUUCGGAUAGCGAUGAUGAGGCCGUCUCAUUGGUCGAUGUGAUCGGGAUGCUGGUUGCCCAGGAGAGGAAAGGGUCGGCACGGCAACAUGGAGCAAUCAAGAACUUGGCAGCUUGUUGCCAUGGUGAUGCAAUCUCAGAGACUCAUCUUCACCAGUUGGUUCGCCUGACCAGUACUAGUACCAACCAGCAAGUCAAGCAGGCAGCAUUCCUCGCACUGAGGCAGGCAGCCACUGACGAACAAAAUGCCAAGGCACUGCUGCAGAUGAACAUUGUCCCUCAGCUCCUCAGCCUCCUGCAGGAUAAAAUGGAAGCUGCCAGUCACUCAACUGCUGCUGCAGUUUUGGAGAAGAUUGUGAUGCACAGAAAGCUGGCUGACCAUUGGCUGGAGAGGAUGAUCACCAGGGGCCUGUCAAUCCUGAUUGGCUCUUUGUCAUCAGCCAAUCAGGCGGCUGAGACCAAAACUGCCCUGGGCCGGUUGCUCAGCAACCUGGCUAGAUUCUUUGAGAUUGCUGUCCUGCUGUUGGACCAUUGCAUGGAGGAUAUCAUGGAGAUGUGGUUGAGGUACCCAGCCAUGAAGGAAAGUCUGGCGGAGCUAUUCAGUCACCUCGUGCAACACACGGACCAUACUGUAGCUGGGGUGUUGGAGCACAGAGUCAUGGAACAUGUAGCUGUAGCGUUGAAAGAAGAAAAUUGUGCGGUCCAGAUUAAGGCGGCAGAUUUUUUCCAAGCGUUGUGCAGUUCUGACUAUGGCCUUUCUGCGUUUUUGGAUGACGGGAAACUUAAAGGGCUUCUUCAAGUGUUGAGGGCAACGAAUUGCAGGAGACUUAGGGAGCUAUGCAUCACAACUUUGACCAGAACAUUCCAGCGUUCCUCUCCCAACCAACUGAGAGACGUAACCCUACACACCGAGGCUGCCUUCAGUGGGGAUUCUUCAGUAGAACAGGAGGGUGCUGGGAGGAGGCAAGGGAAGGAGGAGCAGGGGCACUUGGCUUCCAGGAGGAAGGAUGCGAGCGGAAGGAGCAAGAAGGGAGUAAGGAUACUCAUCAGUAUCCUGGUGGAAACAAUUCAUAAAGAAGCCAAGAUCUCCUUGGACCAAAGCAAGAAAAUCAAAUCCGUGGGCUUUCGGCCGGGCGUAGAUCUCUAUAAGACGUUAUCAGAUGCUGUAUCCUGUUUGUGUAACAUGGCUACAAUGACUGUAGGAAGCCAACGCAACAGGACAUCAAGCCAUAAUGCUAGAGUCUCCAGUGUUGGAUCAAAGGGCAAGGUACACAAGCUGAACACAGACAUCAUCCUCUUCAUGCUCCACCAAGGAGCUCUGUGUGUCCUGGACCUCCUCAACACCUACACCCUCCACCUGUUCCCAUCCACGGGGGUGCAUUAUUCUCAGCAACAACAGAGGAACGUUGACGUGCUGCACCUGCAAGCCAUGAUGAAGGUGUGGCAAAUGGUAUCGCCCCCCGGUCUUGCCAACCCCCUCCCGAAGCCAGAAGAGCUACAAUUUGUAAAGCAACUCUUAGAGUGCGUGCAUCUGUUCUGCAGAUGCUCUGCCGAGUUGUGGAACUGCAAAGUCGAGAAGGAUGUCCAAUCGCAAAUUGAGGAAAAUCACAACUGGACCAAAGACCUCGCAGCCAAGGAGGAAAGUCCCAUCGGUCACUACCAAUAUGUCAAGACGGUAGAUCAAGCCUUUCCAACUAGCUAUAAAAUAGAGAAUAUCACUACGCAUCGACAACAGGAGAACGAAAUUCGGGAGCAACGGAUGAACAUGAUCCAUCAGCGAAGGAUGGCUUGGGGAGAUAAAAAAGAAAGGAAGGUUUCAGAAGAAGGACUGUCCUCUCAUCAUCACCAGUCCUCAAAUAUUCCAUCAGGAGACUCUCAAAAAUUCACGAACAAGACACGGCCUUCGUCGGCGAAAAAACACAACCUCGAAUCAGAAAUCAAAUUUGACCUGCGUAAGAGCCUUUUCAGGGAGCAAGCGAAGCCAGUUUCUUCCAGCAAACAGAGGGAGGUGCCUAGGAUUAAAAAAAACGUGAGGACUGCUGGAUACACUGGGAAGGCAACACCAACACUUGCAAAAGUGGAGCAGGAGGAUCAAACUGCAAUAGGAGAUGAGGAGAAGGAGGUACACAAGAAAUUGAGGACCAGGUUGUUUCAGGAGGGGGUGUACAGAACUGUUGGGCCAUGGGUGACUUGUGAGGAACCACAGAUCCAGGCUUUUGCAGCAGAGUGUCUGCGCUGCAUUAUUCAACCCCUUCACCCUGAAGAAACUAAGCAACUUAGGGAGUCAGCCCAGGCUAGAGAAAGACAAAACAGACACAAAUCAAGAUCCGAGAUGGCCAAGACACUGGCAGAGCGGGACAAGAUUCUCAGCCAGGUCCUGGGUCAAAUGUCGACUGGCUCGGCCGACGUGGUCAGGGAUGCGCUAGGGGUCAAGGGUCAGCCAGACGGAGAGCCUGCAAAGACCGGCAAAGGUACCAAGCUCAAAACAAAGCCACUCUCAAAUCCCACCAAUCACAAGCCCGCCUGUAUCUCGGACGAGCCAAUAGGAUGGCAGUGUUCCAUCCACCUGCUGGAGACCAGUGGGAGCCAGAUAUUAAAGGGGCUCACCAGUGAGUGUACAGAGACCAAGAGGGCUUGCUUGCUGCUUCUGUAUGACCUAGUGGACUUUGGAGAGAUUGUCAUCCACAUGAAGCUGGCCUCUCUGGGUGUGAUCUCACAGUUGAUGGAUUUUGUACGCAACAAUCGACAGGCACAGGACCUUGCAUUGUUAGCUUUGAUGACGUUGAGGCACCUGGUGUGCGACUACCGCCUGAAGCAGAUAUUCUGCAGCGAGGGUGGGGAGGCCCUCUUGACUGACCUCAUCAAAACAAGCGAGGGCGCCCUCCUCAUGCACCUCCACCAGUGUCUGAGGCACAUCACCGAAGGUCCAGGGGGAAUACUGUGAAGAAAAACUUGAAGGGGAUCUUUCUUGAAGACAAACCAUCCAAUUCAUUCAUAGCACGGUUUCGUGAGUACCCAUCUUUGCCAUCAUCAUCAUUAUUUUUUUCUUCAGCAUUGUUGUUGAAACAAUCAUCAUCAUCAUCAUCACCUUUGUUCUUAUCAUCGUCAUAAUCAUCAUUGGUUAAAAUUUGGACUAGACCAAACAUUUGGCGUCAGCUAAUUCGAUGGUUGCAUUUUGACAGACUUGAUUGUGCAAUAACGGGACCUAUGUAAUAUUUUCCCUACAAAUUUUAUAAAUCUGUUAUUUUGACUUAAAGAGAAAGCACAGUUAUAUGUACAGUGCAUCAGUAUUAUCAGGAAUCAAGGUGUAUGUCACAGUAUUUGUGAAAAUUUCUGCUUAGCAUAAAAAAGGUCUACAUUGUGUUUUUUUUUCUACAAAAUUUAAAAGUUUUUUCUUCAACAAUGACCUUGGUAUUCACAUUAUCACAGAUAAAUAUGCUCGUCUUUUUAUAACAAUUGAUAUGCUUUUCAAUUUGUAUUAAAAUUGAGACAUCCGUUAAAAUUGAGACAUCCAUUUUUCCAUUAUUUUGAGCGUUUCACUAAAUUUACAACAGUUAAAAUAUGGAUUUCAAAAUGAAGUGCCUUUAAUGGUGAUCAGCACAUUAUUCUAAUGCCGUCCUCAAUUCACUGUACCUUUUACCAAUUUGUAAAAAAAUAAUUUAAAAAAAAAUCGAAAAUUGUAAAUAUAUAUCUCAUAAAAUACGUCCAUUUGCUGAAGUGUUGAGUAUUGUGCCAGCAAGAAACAGAACCUGAUAAUGUGUUUUAUGGUCAAAUUAUUUUGCUGUCGUUACGAUUUAAUUUGCUGCAAUUUAUUUUUAUUUUUUAAUGUUUUAUCAAACACACAGAAAAACAAGAUACAUUUUAAAUAAAAUUUAAAUGUCUUUGGUUAUGUUAUUUGUGUUUUGGAAUAUGUGAUAUUGUUUCAUUUUUGUUACAUUCAAGGUCACUGUAUUCAUUUUGGGUUACUGUAAUCAGUAUUUUUUUACCUUCAGCUCCUUAAUUAUAUAUUUUUUUUAAAGCGCUUUGCUUAUUUUAGGGUUGAAUCCCACCGCUCGUGAUAUGGCACAGUGAUUCAAGACAUAAGAUUGAUUGAUUCAUAUGCCUGCACAUGUUUACACCCCAGUUGUUGCAGUAACGAGUGAAGUUAGACCAGUAGAUUGCAAACGCUGUAGUUCCUUUCAACCAGGUCAUAAAUAUUCAGGUCUCCGGCAUACAUUAGCAUAAUGUGCUGGUAUACUGAUAUCUCUCAAAAUGAGGUGUAGUGAUUGUUUAUUGUCCACUUGAAUAAAAAAAAAAAAAAAUUUAUUCGGUCAUCCUGGCUUCAACUUUACUGAGCAGUUUAUUUUUUUUUUAUGGUGCAUUUUUCCAUUAAUAAUGAUUCAUUUUUUUACUGACAAAGGAGGUGUCAUGAAUUCCUGCCUUUUUGUAAAAUAUUUUAUUGCUUUGAAUUCUGCGUAGUAAUGAUGUCAUCAUCAGUGUUUACGUCUUUUCUUUCUGAUUGGUUGGUUUGUUAAGAGUGGUGGGCGGCUAGCUGGUAGUACGUCUGUGUCAAUUAACUUUCAUAUCCAGAGUUGGUGCCUUGUUACAACCUUUAACAAAAAUGUCUCUUGGAUAAAGAGAGGAAAUGUGGUUUAAAGUUGGUUAUUAUGUGAAAGAGUUGGGGGUUUCCAUAGAGUUAAGAAAAAGCAGCCCUUUCAUCCGAAAUGUAUAUUGUGAUUUCAUUAUCAUUCUCCAAGAAUAUUGGACUGUCUCUGACUAGACUUGAAUACCAGGAUUACUUCACCCUUUUGUGUCUGUGAAAUAAAGUAUAGCCUUCACCUCGACUUGAGCCGAGGCUACUUAAUAAUAGAGUCAUGUAUAAAUACCUGGGGCACAACAAUAGGUCCCCAAGUGCUCAAUUCAUUGGCCUUGACUAAUAGAAAUAAAACCAGCUACUGGAUUUUGUUGUAUACAA